UGUGUGUGUGGGAAUGAUUAAAGGGACUUAAUCGACCCUAAAUUAUAGUUGUCUACCCUUGUUGAUAGGGGGCGCUUCACGCACUGUAGCCUCAUUCCAAUAUCACAACCCAAAACCAUGCCGGCGAUAAUAGUGCUAAACCAGAACACGAGGCGGGAAUCUGGCCGUAAGGUCCAGCUCGGUAACAUAAACGCCGGAAAGGCCAUUGCAGAUGUCAUAAGAACAUGUCUUGGUCCUCGGGCAAUGUUGAAGAUGCUGAUGGACCCAAUGGGUGGGAUUGUAAUGACCAACGAUGGAAACGCCAUUCUUCGUGAGAUUAAUGUCCAGCAUCCUGCUGCCAAGUCUAUGAUUGAGGUUGCCCGCACACAAGACGAAGAGACUGGAGACGGAACCAAAUCUGUCAUCAUCCUCGCUGGUGAGGUAUUGUCUGUAGCUCACCCUUUCCUGCUUCAACAAAUGCACCCAACUGUGAUAAUAUCUGCGUUCAGACAGGCCCUCGAGGACAUGCUGGAGAUCCUACACAACAAAAUCAGUGUACCCAUCGACACCUCAGACAGAGAACAGAUGCUGAAGAUUAUCAAGAGCUGUCUAGGAACAAAGUUCAUCAGUAAAUGGAUGGACAUGGCCUGUCAAAUAGCCCUUGAUGCCACACAAACCGUUGCCUUGGAAGAAAAUGGGCGUAAAGAGAUUGAUAUUAAGAGAUAUGCAAAAGUAGAAAAGAUCCCUGGUGGCCUAAUUGAAGAAUCUAAAGUGUUAAAUGGAAUUAUGGUCAACAAGGAUGUUGUUCAUCCAAAAAUGAAAAGGAGAAUAGAAAACCCAAGAAUAGUUCUACUUGACUGCAAUUUAGAAUACAAGAAAGGUGAAAGUGUGACAAACAUUGAAAUUACAAAGGAAGAGGAUUUUGUGAAGAUUCUGCAGCUGGAGGAAGAGUUUGUGAAGAAGGCGUGUGAUGAGGUGCUGGCGGUGAAGCCUGACCUGGUCAUCACAGAGAAGGGGGUGUCCGAUCUCGCUCAACACUUCUUUGUGAAGGCAGGGGUUAGCGUUAUCAGGAGAGUCCGGAAGACAGACAACAAUAGGAUAGCAAGGGCAUGUGGAGCUGUCAUAGCAAACCGAACUGAUGAACUGAAGGAGGAGGAUGUGGGCACAGGUUGUGGCUUGUUUGAGAUCAAGAAGAUUGGCGAUGACUACUUCACAUUCUUGACGGAGUGCAAGGAGCCCAAGGCUUGCACCAUCCUCUUGCGGGGGGCCAGUAAGGACAUCUUGCAUGAAGUGGAGCGUAACCUUCAGGAUGCCAUGAAUGUGGCCCGAAAUGUCCUCCUGGAACCCACUCUGGCCCCAGGCGGUGGCGCCACAGAAAUGGCCCUUGCACAGGCUCUGAAUGAAAAGGCAAAGAGCAUCACAGGGGUACACCAGUGGCCAUACCGGGCAAUCUCUCGUGCUCUGGAGGUGACACCAAGGACUCUCAUCCAGAACUGUGGGGCCAAUACCAUCAGGACUAUCACAGCUCUCAGGGCGAAGCAUGCAAAGGGCGACAGUGUGACCUGGGGAAUUGAUGGCGAGACAGGCGCCAUCGUCGACAUGAAGCAGUUUGGUGUCUGGGAACCAGUCACUGUCAAGAAUCAAGUGUUCAAGACUGCAAUUGAGACGGCAGUUCUACUGUUGAGGAUCGACGACAUCGUGUCGGGCGUAAAGAAACAGGGAGGUGAUGCAGCCGCUGCCCAGUCCGCUGCCCCCCAGGCGUCAGAGGGCCCUGAGCCCUGAGCCCUCCCCACCCUCAGCUUCCAUAACAGCUCCACCUGACCUGGGUUCGGCAUGGUUGUCAUCAUUGUCACAGCAUCAACAUUUCUCCACCAGUGUACAUCAACGACUCUAUUGAUGUCUCCAACAUUUAACUGUGGGAAGCACAAGGCUUCUAGUCUCAAUUCAUACACUAUUUGAUUAAGCAGAAACAUUGAGCAAUAAGAUGGAAUUUUUAUUUUGCUCUGGUGAAAGACUCUUAAGAAUCUGAAAUGAGUGUUAACAUGGAUGAAUUAGCUCUCUGAACAAUGUUGCCAUCAUAAUAUGCUUUUCAUAAUUCAUGCCAUCAUCAAAUAUUCACUCCAUUGCACAUGUCAAUAUUUUCUUGUCUCUAUGACAUCAGAGUUAAAGUGUCCAAAUGCAAUUAUCAGCCAAUGCAAGAACAUCGCCUUUGUCCAACUUGGUUAUCUUGUCAUGUGAGUUCUUAUGAUUCCAUGUCUCAGCCAAAUAUGAAGAAUAUUGAAUUGUACUGUAUGGCAUUUCCUUCUAUUCUUGAUUCUAUCCAUGUACAUUAUGCUGGCAAUGGGGAAAUGUAUUGAGCAGACAGAAGUGGGUUGUAAUAAUGUAUUUAUAUUGAUCAAAAGUUGUCACUAGAAAAAAGUUCUCCCUUUCUGUGGUUGCCAUGGCAUCACUUGUCACCAGGUUCCCGUGGCAACCAUUGGAUGAAGUGUGCUGUACCGUUUAUUUCUUGCUUUCAUCAUGUCAAGUGCUAUUCUAUUGUUUAUUAUUGCCCAGGCCGUAUCAGAAACACUGUCUUGGGCUGUACUUGUUUUUGUAUACAAAGCAAAAAAACAGUCAAAUAAACCAAAAAUGUUCUAUC